GCAGAUCAUUUGCUGUCCAGAAUUUGUGGUGUUCGUUGUUUUGUGGCGUAAACGUGACCGUUACUGUUGCUCCCCCCCCUCUCCAACCAGUGGUUUUUGUAACAGAUUAAUAAUUGCAACACGCGCGUGCGUUUUUUGGCAGCACAUUAAAUUCCAAUUCCAAGUGGCAAAUUGUGAACUUGAGGCGAGGCUUGUUUUUUUUUUGCUUUUGUUUUUGACUUGUUUUUAGUGUUUACAAUUCGCGCUUAAUUUUGUCUGUGUGCGUAUGCAUAUGUGUGAGUGUAUGCGCUCCCACAUUUUUACCUCCGUCUGUUGUCUGUUUGCUUAUGUGCAUUAAAUUUUAUUGUUGAACGGCAACAACAACUGCAAAUGAAACCUGUCGAUGUUGAGAAGGCAAGCACUGCCUCUGCCUCUGCCUCUGCUGCAGUCGCAGUCGCAAACGCAAACGAAGUCGGCGGCAAAUUAAAGGAGAUGACAACUAACGAGAAGCAGAAGCAAGAGAAGCAGCAAGAGAAUCUCGAGUAUCCGAAAGCGGUUGGCUUCAUCAUCAGCAAUGAGUUCUGCGAGCGCUUUAACUACUAUGGCAUGCGAGCAAUUCUGGUGCUGUAUCUGACACAUAAGCUGGGCUACAAUGAGGAGACGUCGACGGUGCUGUUCCACAUAUUCACGAUGCUGGUUUACAUCUUUCCCCUGCUCGGAGCCCUCAUUGCCGAUGGCUGGCUGGGCAAGUACAAGACGAUACUCUAUCUGUCGGUAGUGUAUAGCCUGGGUGCCCUUGUGGUGGCCAUUGGCGCAGUGCCCCUUGAGGGAAUGCCAGUGAAAAUUGUGACGAUUGUGGGACUUCUGUGCAUUGCCGUGGGCACGGGAGGCAUUAAGCCAUGUGUCUCGGCCUUUGGCGGCGAUCAAUUUCAGUUGCCGGAGCAGAGCAUGCAGUUGGCCAAGUUCUUUUCGCUCUUCUAUUUCGCCAUCAACGCGGGUUCGAUGAUCUCGACGACAGUCACGCCAAUUCUGCGAGCGGAUGUCCAUUGCUUUGGCGAAGACGAUUGCUAUUCACUGGCCUUUGGCGUACCCGCCAUCCUCAUGGUCGUCUCGAUGCUGAUCUUUGUGGCCGGCAAGCGUCGCUAUCGCGUCCAGCCGCCAGCGGGCAACAUGAUCUUUGGCGUCUCGCAGUGCAUAACGAGUGCGUACAAGGGAUGGCGAGAGAAUCGCAAGGAGAAGCGGAUGGCGCACUUUUUGGACUAUGCCACGCCUGUCGUUGGCCAAAAGAUGGUGCAUGAGACAAAGUGUCUGGUGAAGAUUCUGCUGCUCUAUGUGCCAUUUCCCAUCUUCUGGGCGCUGUCCGAUCAGCAGGGAUCUCGAUGGACAUUCCAGGCCACCCACAUGGACGGCUUUGUCUGGGGAUACGAGAUUAAGCCCGAUCAGAUGCAGGUGAUCAAUCCGCUGCUCAUUCUCGCCUUCAUACCGCUCUUCGACUAUGUUGUCUAUCCGCUGCUCGCUCGCAUUGGCAUCCGGCGACCGCUGCAGAAGCUCUCGAUUGGUCUGCUCUUGGCCUCGUUUGGCUUCUUCAUCUCGGCUGCCCUGGAAAUGCGUUUGGAACAGCAGUCGCAGUCGCUUAACCCAAAUCUAACUCACCUGCGUCUCUACAACGGCAUGCCGUGUCGCUAUGACUUCAGCAGCGCCUUGUCAUCGGUUGAAGAAGGAGGAGACCUUGAGAGAUUGACAGCCAAGCACAGCAUUGAGCCACUGGGCAUGUGGAACGCACUUGGACUGCAUGUGCCUCAGCCCACAGAGUUGAAGUUUGUCUUCACAGCGCAGUCGGCGGAGUUGAGUAGCAAGUGCCCUCCUAUUGAGGGGCAAGUUCGACUGGAGCCGGGCAAGUCAGUCAGCUACUUUCUGGCCAAGGAUGCACUCAAUGAAUUCGCCGAAGAUGUGAGCAACGAUCAACACACAUCCAGAUCACCGCUCCUUCGUACGCUGCUCAACACACCGAUGGACGAGGGUCCAGUGCUCCUCUCGAGGAGCAUUCCUCUGGACACAAGCAACUUGUCAACGCUCCACGAGGUUGCGCCUGGCCAUGGCGAAUUGGAUAUCAACGGGAAGCGGGCAGCAAGUUUCGAGGCCAAAAGCGGUGGACUCUACAAUCUGCUGGUGCAGGGAAAUGCCGAGGAUGGCUACCAACACAAUCUGCUGAAAGUGAUGCCUGCUGAAAGUGGCGCCCCAACGCUGUCAAUUCUGUGGCAGCUGCCGCAGAUUAUUGUGAUGACAGCCGCGGAAAUAAUGUUCUCUGUAACUGGACUCGAGUUCUCCUUUACCCAGGCACCAGUGAGCAUGAAAGCCGUACUGCAAGCCUGUUGGCUGCUAUCGGUGGCCAUUGGAAAUAUGAUUGUUGUGGUCAUUGCUGAGGUCAAGUUUGUCGAAUCUCAGUCGGCGGAGUUUGCGCUCUUUGCCACUUUGAUGCUGGUCAAUCUUCUACUCUUUCUGUUCCUCGCUCGCAAUUAUAAGUACACGGACUCCUGUCAGCAGCAAGAGAACGAAACUGAUGUCAAUGAGCAAGAGUAUAAACAUAUUCCGAAACUUGGACUAACAUCUAAAGGUGGAGCACAUCAUGGCAUCGAUGGUCAAGGCAGCUAUCGCAAUGCCGCUUUCGAUGCUGGUCCUGAACCCUAAGUUGCAAUGCAGUCACAAUUGCGAUUGUAUGUAUACGAAUCUCUUAUUUAUUUUAAAAUCAUUUUUAUUUGUUCAAUUUUUGCUACUUUAGUUUAUUUUUUAUUUAUGUACAUACAUUUAUUUUGUUUUUUUUAGUAGUCGUUUUAAGUUCAAGUUGAUUUUAUAUAUUUUUUUAGUUAUGUAAUUACAUUUGUUAACAUUGUUGUUUUAUCGUUGAAACUAACUUUAUUUUAUUUGAAUGUAACCGUAACACGUUAUACAGUAACGAGGGCUGCACAGCUGCAGAAGCAUUGCCAGCGUUGCCACGUGGCUGCAAUACUUUGUGCAUGUGUUGCCACAUGGCUUCAAUACUUUGUGCAUGUGUUUCCAUGUGGUUGGCAACGCGGCUGAGGCAGAGGCAGCGCUGUGCGAUGUGUUUAGCAACCACUGCGCACGAUCGCCCACUUUGGGAGGGCAUUGCUGCGACUAAUUGCAAAAUAGUUAAAUACUAAAUGUUCAUUAAUGUGAUGGCAUUCUCUUGGGAAGGAGUUUAAGAGAGAGUUUAUCGCAUUGCAUUGCGACGCAUUAUGUGUAAAGAGGUUUGCAACUAACUAAACGCACCUAUUUUCAAUGUGAAACAAAAAGAAAACAUAGAUUGUAAAACAAAGACUAUACACGAUAACUGCAAUGAAUGCAAAUAUGUAAAACUUUGUUCGUGGGAAAGCAGCAGCAGAAACAGAAUUUUAUACAAUUUCAACGUUGACGGCAUUGCCAACAGUAAACACAUAAAACCCGAAGCCGACGGAAGGAACAGCCUGUAGAGCGAAACGAAUGAAUAGCGGAAUUAGGCUCUUGCCUGGCCCUUUUACAGUUAUCAGUUUCAACUUCAGUUUCCGUCUACCUGGAAGUGCAAACAAAAGAAACUGGAAAUAUCCAGAAAGAAAACAGAAAAACAUGCAGCUGCAAUGCAGAAUAAGGAACAAAGAGCCGGCUUAAGGAGACAAAACGAGGCGAAGGGUCGACUCACCCCGUCGUCUACCUGGUCCCGAUUCUGGUCCGGUCUGGGUUCUGUUGCCAAGGAUACUGCGAGGAUAACGAGUCGACAUCGUCGCUCGUCGCACAUCGUCGGUCACAGUCGAUUGAGAACUCUUCAGCCAGCGACACGGCCGCAGCUUCUAAAUUUUCUUUUUAAAAAGUGCAGUUUUUUUGUUAAUAUUUUUUUUUUUGCUUGUGCAGAAAUCAACAGAAGUUCCAAAAUUGAAUAGAAGUGAAAGCAAAGCAGCCACAAGUUGCCGAAAAAUUUGUAUAUGCCAAAUCAUCACAUCCCAGUGACUCUCCUUCGGGAAGUUUCCAUUUGCAUCCAUUCGCAUCAAUUCCAUAAAUUGCUGGAGCUGUUUUCAACCAGAAAUUAAGGCUCCCGCGACACGUAAGUUGCCCACUGUGUAUGUGUCUGUGUGUGUGUGCCCAGGUUCCGAGUUUGUGGCGUCGGCUCAUUGGAGCGGAGACUCUCCCAGGGCGGACGCAGCGGGAUGCGGACUUCGAUGUGGAUGUCGCAGUUGAGGGCUGAGGAUCAAUCACGAUUGUAUUUCUCAACUGGCCGCCGGCUUAUAGGAAAACGCUUUUGUUGGAGACACUUGCCCCCGAGGUGGACAAAUGAGAAAUGAAACUUAUACUCGCGAUACUUUGUGCUUGCUUUUGGUGCCACCUUCGAAGCAUACACGAGAUGAAGCGUAACAACAUACUUCCCUCGUACGUGGGUGGCAUCACAUGUAAGCGAGAGAGAUAGCAAUAGCGCGCAAUCGGAGAGAGCGUGCGUUCCGCUCUCUCUCUUUUGCCAACCACACACACAUAUGUCCAUCUCGCUCGGCAAGGGUGUGCGACUCGAGCGGCUAAAGCAGGAUAGCCAUAGAAGCGCGGCCAGCGGGAAAUGCAGCAAAAAAAAACAA